AUGGGUCAAUUUCAUCCAUCUUCAUUCUCCUUCAAAAGAUCAAUCAAAAGACGUACAUCUAUUGUAGCUCCUCUACCUUUACCAAAACCAAAACAUGAACUUGAUUUAAGUCCGGAAUUUCGUCGAAUUGAUAAAAAAACUUAUAAUAGCAUAAUUAAUAGUUCGAGAUAUGAUUUGCCUGAUGAUAAUGAACGUAUCGAUAGAAUCCAAUUGAGACAUCGUUUGUUUAGAUAUGUAUGGCAAAGAAAUUUUUCCUCUCCCAUUAGAGAUGAUUUAUUAAAUGGUAUUAAUGUUCUUGAUGUUGGAUGUGGUGAAGGUUCAUGGGUGCUCGACAAUGCUUCCACUUAUCCAAACUCUACUUUUCAUGGAAUUGACAUGGCCGAAAUGUUUCCUAAGGAUACUUCUAGUUAUCCAAACGUAAAGUUUUCUCAAAUUAAUGUAGUCAAAGACGGCUUGCCAUUUGAAUCAAACUCUUUUGAUUUUAUACACCUAAGAUUUUUGGUUCAAUAUUUAACCGAGGAUGAAUGGGAUAAUAAGGUUCUAAAAGAGUUGAUAAGAGUUUUAAAGCCUGGUGGUUAUUUGGAAAUAAUGGAAUUUGAUAUGAUAUUUUAUAAUUCUGGUUAUCAUGCGACUAAAUUACAAAAUUCAACGAUAGGAUAUUUCAAAUCUAAAAAAAUAAGUGCUGUAAUAUCUCCCCAUCUUAUAAAAUACUUACCUACAGUAUCUCAAUUUUCUGAAGUCCAACAUGAAGAGAGAUCAACUCCUUUGGGUGAUUGGGGUGGCAGAUUAGGAAGCUUUGCAAAAAUUUAUUUUGUAUUAGCUUUUAAACAUAUGAAAUUGGUUUUACCAGAGUAUAUGAAAAUUAGCAAUGAUGAGUACGAUAAUAUUAUUAGGAGAUUUGAUGUUGAGUGUGAAAUAAAUGAAACUUAUGUAAAGACCUGUAGGAUUUAUUGUAAAAAGCGUGUUUAA